GAAGUGCGCAUGCGCACGAGGAGACCGGGCCGAGGUUUCGCCGGUGUCCGGCAGCCCGUCGGGCCGCGGUGCGGCCAUGAACUGGCUGUUUCCUCUCGGUAAGGGCGGCGGCGCCUCCUCGUCCGCCGCGCCGCUGCCCGCCCUCACCAGUCUCCAGCAGCAGAAGCAGCGACAGAUCGAGUCCCUGCGCGGUGCGCACGCCUCCAUUGCAGAAAUUCAGAAAGAUGUGGAAUAUCGACUGCCGUUCACUGUAAACAACUUCACAAUUAAUAUUAACAUCUUGCUUCCGCCUCAGUUUCCUCAGGAAAAACCAGUCAUCAGUGUUUUCCCACCUGUGAGACAUCACCUAAUGGACAAGCAGGGAGUAUAUGUGACUGGUCCAUUAAUAAACAAUUUUACAAUGCACUCGGAUCUUGGAAAAAUUAUUCAAAGUUUACUGGAUGAGUUUUGGAAGAAUCCACCAGUCCCGGCUCCUAGUUCAACAUCGUUUCCAUACCUUUACAGCAAACCAGCUGGAAUGCCUCCAUAUGCUCCUCAGGGGUUUCCAUUUCUUCCUCCAUACCCACCUCAAGAAACAAAUAGAACAAUGGCACCCGUGCCUGCUUCUGAAUCGGUUUCUUCAAGCUACACUACAGACAAGCCUGCUGCUCCCUCUUAUGGCUUGAUUGCUGAUCUGCCACUGCCUGUUCCAACAGCAGAAAUGGUGCUUCAGGUUGGCCAGAACGGAUUUACUUACAAGAUGCCUGAUGUUCCUGAUACCUUUCCAGAACUUUUGGAACUGAGUAUAUCAGAGCUGACCAAUAUGAAUGAGAAAGAGGAGGUGUUACUGGAACAGUUUGUGAAUCUACCACAACUGAAGCAAGUCAUUACUGACAGAGAUGAGUUAGUGAAAAGCAUUGAAGAGCUGGCAAAAAAAAAUUUGUUGCUGGAGCCCAGUCUAGAGGCAAAAAGACAGACAGUGUUGGAUAAAUAUGAGCAACUCACACAGAUGAAAGCAGCCUUUGAAAAAAAGAUGCAAAGACAGCAUGAACUUAGUGAGAGUUGCAGUCCAAGUGCUCUGCAAGCCAGACUUAAAGUAGCUGCUCAUGAAGCUGAAGAGGAAUCUGACACUAUUGCAGAAGACUUCUUGGAAGGCAAAACAGAAAUAGAUGACUUUCUUAGUAGCUUCAUGGAAAAGAGAACGCUCUGCCACUGUAGACGAGCCAAAGAAGAAAAACUUCAACAGGCAAUAUCAAUGCACAGCCAAUUUCAUGCUCCGCUAUAGGUAAACUGCUGUUUUAAUAUUUCUGGUUUCCUGCAAAUGACAUCUGCCAACAGAAGAGUGACAAACCCAGUAAAGCACACUUUUUAAUAACUAUUAUUUGCAAAUAGGCAUUUCAUCUUAUGUGGUUGUAUUUAUAGAAGAGAUUGUAUACAGAGCUGGGACUGUUUUUGUACAAAUUAGAACGUCUCUUUAUAUUCUCAUUGUACUCAAGAAUCCUUCUAUUGCAAACUUUGCACUAAUUUCUUGUAUUUAUUGUUGAUAGUUCUUAUUAUAUUUAAGUUCCUGCUGCUAUACCCCAUUCUUCAAAGAUUAAAUAUCUAAAUAUGUAAUUUUGACUAGCUUUUUACAUUUUUAUAAAAGCAUAAUUCAUAUCUUUUGUAUUUUGAAAUUUAAAUGGAUUUGGCUUGAUCUGUGGAAGAGUUUGAGAUAAAUGGUGAUAGAGCUUUGGAAACUGAAGAAGUUCGUAAUUGGAGAUAGUCAGUAAAUUCACAAGCUGUCUUUUCUUGAAGCCAAAAUGUUUUAGAACAAAUUUUGUUACUUUUAAGUGAUAACACAAAACUAAUUAUAGCCUGUACUCUGUUUUGGAUAAGCAGAUUCUGGAUUAAGCAAAGGUUGUGUUGGAACAAACUAUAUUGGAAACAAAAUGGAAUGAAUGAUCUCCGUGUAGAUUUGGUAUGUUGCUCAGUAGCACUGAUGCACUUGAUUUCAGGUGUGGCCUGGUACCUAGCACUGUAAUUAAACACAAUUUCAUCUAACAA